AUGAUCUCAUCGCUUCAGCGGGCCCUCAUUCGCGAACCCUCACUUCGCAGCCGCAAGACCUCCUUCAAACCUUUCCACUCCGUUCUUUUGCUUCGCAACACUUGGUUCAAAAUGGCGAAGCAGACUCUGCAGUCCAAGUACAAACUGCUCUCCGGCCAUGAAAUUCCGAUCCUGGGUUACGGGGUCACUCUCGAGGCAUUGAAAGUUGGAUUCCGCCAUGUCGACUCGGCAAUUAUGUAUCGCAAUGAGAAAGGCUGUGGCCAGGCCAUCCAGAACUCAGGGCUCGCGCGAUCGGAUAUCUUCCUCACGACCAAGAUCCCACCGGAAUCGAUGGGCUACGACAGCACCAAGCGGGCUAUUAACUCGAGUCUCCGCCAGGCAGGGCAAGAUUAUUUCGAUCUAAUUUUGAUUCACGCCCCCUACGGCGGCCAAGAGGCCCGCCUCGGCUCCUGGCGCGCACUUGUCGAAGCGCAGAAAGCAGGCCAGACCAAGUCUAUCGGCGUGUCCAACUACGGCCUGCACCACCUCGACGAGCUGGAGAAGUACAUCGCGGGCGGCGGUGGCGGCGAAAUCUCCGUGGGUCAGUGGGAAUUACACCCCUGGCUUGAUCACUCCGAUAUAGUCGAGUGGUGCCGUAGCCGGGGAAUUGUAGUCGAGGCAUACUCGCCUCUGGCGCAUGGUACGCGAUUUAGAGAGCCGGUGCUGCGAACUAUUGGAGAGCGGUAUCAGAAGUCGCCCGCACAGGUCUUGAUCCGGUGGAGUUUGCAGAUGGGAUUCGUGCCACUGCCAAAGUCUGUGACGCCACAGCGGAUCCGGGAGAAUUCGGAGGUGUUUGAUUUUGAAUUGUCGGCGGAGGAUAUGAAACUGCUGGACACUGGAGAGUACAGUCCCACUGAUUGGGAUCCCACUGUGGACGACGAUUAG